CAGGAGUAGAAUAUACGGAUCGUCCUAACAUAAACGUGGCCACUAAACAAGUUUUUUAAUCAGACAAAUUUCAUUUUUUAUGUAAUUUUGUUUCGUAGAUCGACGUGCUCCACCAGUGUUUUAUGUGCAGGAGUAGACAAGAAUACUUUCGAAUUCACCAGAAUUUAUGUGCAUAAGAAACAGCUUCUACUCGGUUUGUUUUUGCUUUUUCUUUUUUUCCUUAUAUUGUCAGCCUGUGUGAUAAAAGCUAGUAAAAAAUGAAGCGUGCCUCGACAGAUGUGAUAGAGUUGGACUCCCCGACGCCUCCACGUGCCGGAAGCAAGAAGCCGAAGAAGGAUGCGGCACAUGUUGUACUCAUAUGUUGGGACCGUAAUUUUUUCAAGCAAUUUUAUUUUUUGUGGUGAAACCAGAGGAAACAAGUGAAUCAUGAUGCUCUUGUACUUAACAAAAAGAAAAGACUAACUUAUAGCAGCAGCAUGCACCAUAAUCAAUCUAUCACGAUUGUAGUUAGUGUGCAUCAACCUUCUACUCUUCUCCAAUGUUUAGGAAAAAACGAAGACAAUAUCAUUCUGUCACUCAGGGAUCCGUUAAUAUCUCUGCAAAUAAGUCCGCUGCGG